AUGCGGAAUUACAUUGCUCUUUUGGGAGCUUUCCAGCUCUUUGCGGGAUGCUGUCAGGCAGUGACACACACAUUUGACUGGAAUGUGACAUGGGUGAUGGCAAAUCCAGAUGGCCUUGCUGAACGCAAAGUCAUUGGCAUCAAUGAUCAAUGGCCUCUCCCAACCGUUGAUGUGAACAAAGGAGACCGUGUGGUGGUCAACAUGCACAACGGUCUCGGUGACAAGACCACAUCAAUCCACUGGCACGGAAUGUACCAGAACGGCACCAGUGACAUGGAUGGCCCUUCUAUGGUUACGCAGUGUCCAGUGGUUCCAGGGUCAAGCAUCACCUACAACUUCACGGUCAAUCAGAACGGCACAUAUUGGUAUCACUGUCACACAGAUUACUGCUAUCCCGAUGGCUACCGAGCGCCAUUUAUCGUUCAUGAUGAGGAGUCCUACUUCUACGAUGAGUACGAUGAAGAGAUGGUCCUCACAAUGACUGAUUGGUACCACGACAUGACCGAGGACAUUGGACCUGACUUCAUGUCCUUGUACAACCCUACUGGAGCUGAGCCUAUUCCCAACUCCUUCUUGUUCAACAAUUCGGUCAGCCAGAGCUAUCCUGUUGAGGCCGGCAAGACCUACCUUCUUCGACUCAUCAAUAUCGCUACCUUUGUGGGUCAAUAUUUCUGGAUUGAGGACCACCAAAUGCGCAUUGUCGAAAUUGAUGGUAUCUAUGUCGAUGAGACAGAAGCAGACAUUCUAUACCUUUCUGCUGCCCAGCGUUACUCUGUCUUGGUUACGAUGAAAAACUCCACCGAAAAGAACUACGGCAUGGUUAUGGUAGCCGAUUCAUCUCUUCUUGAUCUGAUCACCCCUGAUCUCUUGCUCAACCAAACGAAUUGGCUCGAGUACAACCCAAGUGCUCCUCAUAACGAGGUCACAAUGCCCGUGGAAGAAUCGUCGGACCUCUAUCCUUUUGACGAUAUGACCCUCGUGCCACAUGACCGUGUGGAGCUAUACAAGAACCCAAAGCAGACCAUCGAGCUCACUCUGGUCAUGGAAAAUCUCGAUAAUGGCAUGGGAUACGGCUUACUGAACGACCACAGCUACACCAAGCCCAAAGUCCCCACACUGUACACCGUCAUGUCGGCCGGUGACCUCGCAACUGAUGCAACAGUGUACGGCGAGUAUACUCAGUCCGUCGUUCUCGAAAAGGACGAUGUUGUGGAUAUUAUUCUCAGCAACCAAGACUCAGGCACCCACCCCUUCCACUUGCACGGCCACGCAUUCCAACUGUUGGAUCGAUACCCAUCGUAUGGUGAGAAUUUCUACGAUUACGAUGCCGGAAUAGAGUUCGCCACCUUUGACCCCUCCAAUCACACCGAGUUCCCCGUCUACCCUGCGCGUCGUGAUACUUUUGUCCUUCCUCCUGGGGGAUACUAUGUUAUCCGCUUUCUCGCUAACAACCCUGGUGUCUGGCUUUUCCAUUGCCACAUUGACUGGCACAUGAUGCAAGGACUUGCGAUGACGUUCAUCGAGGCUCCUCGUGAGCUUCAAAAUAACCUCGUCAUUCCUGAUGAUCACAUCAAGGUCUGUGAGGCUGCCGGCGUACCUUACGAGGGCAAUGCCGCUGCCAACGCGGAGGAUUACCUCAACCUGAAGGGAGAGAACAAGCCCCCCGGAUUCAUCCCGGAUGGAUUCACUGCACGUGGAAUUGUCGCUCUUGUAUUUUCUUGUAUUUGUGCAAUCAUGGGGAUGGUCGCCAUCUCAAUUUAUGGAAUGUCUGGUCUGAAAUCCCCUGUGAGAAAGCCCGGUUCAGAUGACAAUACUUCCACAGAAAUGGAGAUCACAGAGACCUCACGGGCGUACCGGGAUUAG